AUGAGUGCCACGCGGCGGGCCAUUGUGUACGGACCGGUGGCGCGGCCUCGGGACUGGAGUGGAGAGCCCGCCGCCUGGAGAGCGGUGACUCAGGCUGCCGCCCCUGCCCGCCCCCGCAGGCCACUCCAGGGCGCGCCGCAGCCUGCGGUACAGCCGCCCGCUGCUCCUGCUGCCGCCCCCGCACCGGUUGUGGCGGCGGCGCUCGAGUGCGCCUCGCCGCCGCCCCCACCGAGAUAUAAUGAUAAAAGUGGCAGUAUAGCAUCUGAAGGAAGCAAUGGCACUUCUGGCCGCUGCAGUUCUGACAUAGGUGACGGGAGUGGUGGUGAUGGCAGCAGAGGCGGUGGAAAUGGAGCUGCGGUUGAUACAUCACUGAAUGAGUACAGCGACUUUGGUGACUAG